UAUUUAGAACAACUAGCGUUUCAAUUUCCUUAUAGGGAGCUCCAUGGCAUUAAUCAAGGCAUCAUUACUGAGCUUGUGUUGCACAGCAGAUCCUUUUCAGACAGUCCAUUCACGGUGCAAUGUACUGGAAAAGGUGCAGGAAGAAAACGAGAAGAAAUUGCUCGAAAAGCGGAGCAGGCUGGACUGGCUUUGGUUGGCAAAGAAGCGCUAUUGUACUUGCUGUUGCCGAAUGUUGCUCCAAUGGACAGCUGUGCGAGGAUCCUCGAUCCCAAAGGACGCACAGAAGACGUUGAAAUGCGAGAUGUAGGCGGACAGCUCUUCCAGAUCAGAUGGUUCCCCAAGAUGGAAGGUGUUCAUCAUUUGUCCGUCUUGAACAAGGAUGCUCAUGUCUAUGGUUCACCUUUUCAAUUUACCGUCGGACCGUUUGCAGAAGGAGGUGCGCACAAGGUGAGAGCAUCAGGAAUGGGUGUCGUUCGUGGUGAGACCAACAGUUUGCAAUCUUUCAACAUCUACACUCGUGAAGCAGGACCUGGUAAUCUGUGGUGUCCAUGGAGGGACCAAGCAAGCCACAUAUGGAAUUCCAGGAUCAUAAGGAUGGCAACUGCUAUGUGA